GACAGAGACGCCGCUGCAUGUAGCCUCAGCAGCAGGAGUAGUUGCUUUCUUGCUGCUUAAACUUUAGUUGAUAAGUGGUCAAUGAGGUCGAUAAGACUCAUGUAGCGGUCACUGAAGAGUUUACAAGCAGACAUGAUAAUGUGAGGUCUGGAAGAAACACAGCCCGAGUAGUCUUUAAAUGUCGAUGCUGUAACAACAGUGGCGGCUAACAGGCUAACGUUUGCUAAAGUUAGGGGAGAGUUCACUGAGAUGUUUCAAGAGGCUAUGGAGAAAAUACAACCGAGAGUAUUUGUGUAAGAGAUUUACGGAGCAGCGCAUGUUCCUCCCUCCUCCAGGAGGAGCAGCACCAGGUGGAGGCUCUGUCCGGAAUGGAGAGGUGGACCCCGAACCCCCGAGCCAAGCCGUUCAUUCCGCGUCAACAGAGGAGUUUAUACCUGAGCUGGAAAUAUAAACUGAGCAACAAGAGGAGUCUGCGCAGACUCUGUCAGGCUGGUGCGGUGCUCUUCCUGCUGGUAACGGUCCUGGUCAACAUCAAACUCAUCUUGGACACCAGGAGGGUGGCUGAUGAAGAAGCAGCAGCUCAGGAAUAUGAGGAUGCCCCACCCAACAUGGAGACACCACGAAGGCCAGCAAAUGGACGCAAGGUCCUGGACAUUGAGGUUUACUCUAGCCGCUCCAAGGUUUACGUGGCUGUGGACGGAACCACUGUUCUGGAGGAUGACAUGAGGGAACAGGGCCGAGGAAUCCACGUCAUCGUUCUCAACCAGGCAACAGGUCAUGUGAUGGCCAAGAGGAUAUUUGACACCUACUCCCCCCAUGAGGACGAGGCCAUGAUCCUCUUCCUAAACAUGGUGACCAGAGGCCGGGUUCUUAUCUUCACUAUAAAGGACGAGGGAACGUUCCACCUGAAGGACGCUGCCAAGAACCUCCUGAAGACCCUGGGCAGCCAGGCAUCUGUCAGCCUCAGCUGGAGGGACAUGUGGACACUGGUGGUGAAGAAAGGAGGCCAGGUUUAUGGAGAGAAACACUCGAAGUCUCCAGCCCUGUCCACCUGGGGAGAUCCAGUGCUCCUGAAGACCGAGGUGCAGCUCACUGCCUCUGAAGAGGCCGAGUGUCACUGGGCCGACACCGUCCUGAACCGGAGGAGGAAGAUCUUCUGCAGUAAAGUGGAAGGUUACGGAAGCAUCUGCAGCUGCAAGGACCCAGCUCCCAUAGAGUUCAACCCUGACCCUCUCUCCAACAACAACGUCUUCUCUGUUCCUGUGGCUGUGAUUGCGGGGAACAGACCCAACUAUCUGUACAGGAUGUUGAGGUCACUACUCUCAGCCCAUGGAGUGAACCCUCAGAUGAUCACCGUCUUCAUCGAUGGAUACUAUGAGGAGCCCAUGGAUGUGGUGGAGCUGUUUGGGUUGAAGGGAGUUCAACACACACCCAUCAGCAUCAAAAAUGCUCGAGUGUCUCAGCACUACAAAGCCAGUCUGACUGCAACCUUCAACCUUCAUCCAGAAGCCAACUUUGCCAUCGUCCUCGAAGAAGACCUGGACAUCUCCAUUGACUUCUUCAGUUUUCUGAGUCAGACCAUCCAUCUGCUGGACCAGGACGACAGUCUGUACUGCAUCUCAGCCUGGAACGACCUGGGUUACGAACACACGGCCGAGGACCCAGCUCUGCUCUACAGGGUGGAGUCCAUGCCUGGUCUGGGCUGGGUCCUGAAGAAGAGUAUGUACAAGGAUGAGCUGGAGCCGAAGUGGCCCACACCUGAGAAGCUGUGGGACUGGGACAUGUGGAUGAGAAUGCCGGAGCAGAGGAAAGGCCGGGAGUGCAUCAUUCCUGACGUGUCCCGCUCCUACCAUUUUGGAAUCAUCGGCCUCAACAUGAACGGAUACUUCCACGAGGUUUAUUUCAAGAAACACAAGUUCAACACUGUUCCUAACGUACAGCUGAAGAACGUUGAAAGCUUGAAGAAAGACCCGUACGAAGUAGAAGUCCAGAAACUGUUGAAAGGAGCCGAGGUCCUGGACCACUCCAAGAACCCAUGUGAGGACUCGUUCCUGCCGGACUCUGAGGGAAAGACCUACGUCAUGUUCAUCAAGAUGGACACGGAGACGGACACGUCAACAUGGACCGAACUUGCCAAGUGCCUACAUGUUUGGGACCUGGACGUCCGAGGGAACCACAGAGGUCUGUGGAGACUCUUCAGGAAGAAGAAUCACGUCCUGGUGGUGGCAGUACCGCUCUCUCCAUACUCUGUGAAGAAACCAGCCAGUGUGACCCCCAUCCACUUGGAGCCCCCACCUAAAGAAGAUGCAGCAGUGGUGGAGCAGGUGUAGAACUGACUAGGACACUAGGACAUGUCCACUGUUAGGGUCUUGAUGUCCUGUUGAUGGACACAGCUCCACGCUGCUGUGAGGACACAGGACAGACCUGGACCAGGAUUGGUUUAAACUUUGGGUCUCUGUACCUGAGGACCAUGUGACGGAGUCCACAGAGACAUGGGACGUUUUCAUGGUCCCUCCUGAACAGAUGUGACAAUUUAAAGUAAUAUUUAUUUACAUUAGACACUCAAAAAAGACUUUGUUCACAGAGAACAACAGACUAACAACAACAACAACACGACUCCAUGUACAAAUGUAUAGAAGUCUAUUUUUGAUGAGAACAACAACAACAACAACAACAACAAACAGGCCAGUGUUACAGUUUGACUGUGAGACUCACAGCAGACUCAGAGGUCAACAGGAAGUUGUCCCUGUCUUUUACGGUAUAUGGUACAGCGUACCAGCAAACAGACGGACAGAUAGGUGUUGAUUUUUUUGUUUUGAUUGUCUUCUCUGUUGUGUGUGUGGUUUUACCUCCGAGUGUCUCUUCAUGAACCAGGGUCAUUGAAAGUUCUGAUAUUUAAAGACCAUCGUCAUGGUCCACCAGGUCUUGAUUUUUUCCUUCUUCUUCAUCUGUGUUCAUCUGUGGUUUC